GGAAUUAAUCUGUCCAUGUAUCCAAACAUCACCUCUCAGUUAAUAUCUCCAAUUUACACGACGCGCUAAAGGUGAGAGGAGAUCUCACUUGCCUUCUUCACUCACUCUGCAGCAACUUCGAGAUCAAGUUAAAGAAUGGCGGCAACAUCACUAUUGUACAAUCAGCUCAAGGCUGCUGAACCAUUCUUCUUGUUGGCUGGUCCAAAUGUGAUUGAAUCCGAGGAACAUAUUCUUCGAAUGGCAAAGCACAUUAAAGACAUUUCCACAAAAGUUGGGCUGCCCCUGGUUUUCAAGUCAAGUUUUGAUAAAGCUAACAGAACUUCUUCAAAGUCAUUUCGUGGUCCUGGCAUGGCCGAGGGUCUGAAGAUUCUUGAGAAGGUGAAGGUAGCAUAUGAUCUACCAAUAGUAACUGAUGUUCAUGAAUCAAGCCAGUGUGAAGCAGUUGGCAAGGUUGCAGAUAUAAUUCAGAUUCCAGCAUUCUUAUGUCGCCAGACAGAUCUUCUGGUUGCAGCAGCACAAACCGGAAAAAUUAUCAAUAUUAAGAAAGGACAAUUCUGUGCUCCUUCUGUCAUGGAGAAUUCAGCUGAGAAGAUCAGACUGGCUGGGAAUCCAAAUGUUAUGGUUUGUGAAAGAGGAACCAUGUUCGGAUACAAUGAUUUGAUAGUAGAUCCACGAAACUUCGAGUGGAUGAGAGAAGCUAAUUGUCCUGUUGUCGCUGAUAUAACCCAUUCACUACAACAACCUGCAGGCAAGAAGUUGGAUGGUGGUGGUGUUGCAAGUGGAGGCCUUCGCGAGUUAAUACCAUGCAUUGCAAGAACAGCUGUAGCAGUUGGCGUCGAUGGAAUUUUCAUGGAGGUUCAUGAUGAUCCUCUAAGUGCUCCAGUUGAUGGUCCAACUCAAUGGCCUUUGCGCCAUCUAGAAGAACUCCUGGAAGAGCUCAUUGCGAUUGCGAGGGUUACAAAAGGGAAGCAGCGGCUUCAAAUCGACCUUACACCCUACCGUGAUUAAAAUCAAAGGCUCAGUGAUCGCGAGGUUGGUGACCCAAACGGGCAUAUAUGAUACGACUUUCUCAUCAUUUAAAUAAUCCCCACAAAAAAACUGUUUAUAAUCUUCUCACUUUCAGUAGAGACUAGUUGCAAAAAGGGUGAACGUUUUAAAGAAGCACCAUGUUAAUGCAUCAUCUGUCAUCACUGUUCUUGUUUACAAGAAGUUAAGAGAUCAGAGAUUGCUUCUGAAGAACUGAAAAUGUUGGGCUUCUCUUAUAUUGGCCCGGCAAUAUUCUUAUUCAUUUGUCUGAAACUUUUAGGUCUACUCGCGGACAUUUGGGUCCCCAUCAAAAUCCCAGAGAUUAAAGAUGAUCUAGUCAGUGAUGAGCCUUUGUUUCUGUUUCCUCCACCAACAUUCGCUUCAAAAUAAUUCGAAUUAAGAAAGUAUUGAGCUCUAUACUAUAGUCAUACUCAGAAAUACGGUUGUAUAUGUGUGGUUUCUCUCUGAUUUUGUACUUGGGAUAAUAUAUCUGUUGAACCCUGUAAUUUCUCGUGAACGGGAUGAUAGUCGUGCUUGAUUUGCGUUGGAUACAGAACUAAAUCCAACAAAGCAUCGGUGGACUUAAGCUAAAAUGUGAUCUAAUGGGCUUUGUAAUGGGCUUGGGCUAUAUAUGUGAAGACUAAGG